CUGAACGACCACGAGCAAACAAAGCAGGUGAAGAAGACAGACAAGCUCAGAGAAUCGAUCGAUUUCUGAUCUGAAGACAACACAAAGGGGAACACACACAUAUUAUCGGUACAAUCUCAGGGACUUCGUUGAAACAUCACAACAUCGCUGAUAGUCGGCAAAAAAAUGCAAACCUCGGCGAAUUCUUUAGAAGAUGCAAUCGCCUCCCUUUACCCGGAGGAUGUUGCUGCCAACAGCAAGAAGGACUACGUUCAAGACCACCUUCUUCAUCAGGAGAAUCAUCUUAUGCAUUCAUCUUUUCCGAGUUUCAAUGUCGUCAUGACAUCAACGUCUGCCCUCUUCGAGCCUCCAGUCACUCACAAUCAUCACCACCACCAUCAAACUUUCACUCAAGACGAGAAUCAAUGUGCUGUGAAGCAAAACUAUGACAACUUGUGUAACCCAGUCGUCCUGGGUCAUGUGGUGGAUGAAUUCAGCUCGAUGGUAAUGCCGGGCCCUCAGCAACAAGGUUACAACUUCUACAACGCCGGCGGAUCUCACUAUGGAACGCAUCAGGCCCAGGAGACGUCGCAACGAUCGGAUUGGUUCGCUCAUUCUUCCGUUUCUUUCAACCACCUCCCUGCUUCCACGUUACACCAGGGAUUCAUGCCGCAGCCGUACAUGCCGCCGAUGGGAUUUAGCCAGCACAGCAGCAUUGCUGACACGUCCUCAAGUUACAAUCAGAGCCAGUGGACGGACGAGGAGCACAACAAGUUCCUUGUUGCCCUAGAGAAGUUCUGUCCGGAAGCGUGCCGUGCAAGGGAGAAAGGGAAGGUGUUUGUUGGGCUGGGAGCUGGAGUAGCGAAGAAGAUUUCUCAGGCGGUUGGGACCAGGUCGGUUCUACAAGUCCGCUCUCAUGCGCAGAAGCACUUCCUUCGAGAAAGCAAGAAGGUCAAGGCAGAAACCCCGUAGCUAGGUUGUCUUCCGAGCCUUCCGAGUCCCGGGUGAUGAUCCGAGGCUUAAUCGGUGGCCGCUCAGCUGAUGAAUAAAGUUUUAUUAAUAGUU